CCCCAGGAGUGGGCCCUGGCCUGAGGGAUGCCCGGAAGCCUUUCUUUUGGGCUGGGGUCCCUGGUGGCCUCCAGGGAGAAGCCACCUGCCCACCUGCCCUAUCUGGGCUUGUCUUCCCAUUUCUCUCUCCUCCUGGGAUCAGGGGCUCCUGCCGUCCUGCCUGUGCCCCUCGCUGGCCCUGGAGCCAGGUUCUCCUCAGGCCCCCUGCUCCCUAUCUUUCAGGGGCCAGCCCGGGCCCUGCUCCAGACUCCUGGGGGUCCCUCUCGUCCCUGGCUGUUCUAGCACCGGUUUGCUCCUGCCCACCUUAGCCCAGCCUGGCGAUGGGACCAGCAGGAGGUUCUGGGAGGCUGGGGUAGAGACCUCUGUGAGGUCUUGACUCUGAUGUGUGCCCAGGCCAGGCUGUCCCCAUUGCAGGCCCCGGCGGCUCUGGCUGUGCUGGGGUGGGGGGAACAGGCGCUGAGCCGCCGAGGAGAGGAAGGUCUAGGGGUCACCUUUUGGGCAGAGAGGGGCGGGGCGGGGGGGCAUCCUUUCAGAAUUCCUGACAGCCCUGGGCACCAGGGCGUGCCCGGCACAGCUGAGCCUCAUCUCCUGUGCUCCUUUCCUGUGGGGCAGUUUGGGACGGAGCGGGGAGGUCCGCUGUGAGGGGGUGGCCAAGCGAGGGAGUGAUGGCGGGGAGAGGUUAGAGGUGUGCCCAGCAUGUGAGUAUGUGUGUGUGCAUGCGUGUGUGUGUGUGUGUGCCUCUGCAUGGAGCCCGUUAUCCGCCUUAGAUGGGCCAUGACAAGACGUGUGUGGAUGACAGGGGCGCGUGACUUGUGUCUUUCUGGGGACAAGCUGAGUCCCUCUGGCUCUUGCCCUCCCCAGACCCAGUGCCCUCCCCAAGCCAAGUCAGUGAUUUAGGGAACCAUCUCUGGGGAAGGUGAAGGCUUUACACACACACAGAGCUUUACACACACACUACUACGGUGACUGGCUCAGUGGGAGGAAGUGACUGGGCCUUUGGAGGGGACUGGGGGCUCCUGGGAGACCAAGGAGUAGGGAAGGUGAUGUCUAUAGGAGCCCAGGGCCUUCUGGGACGAGGGCACCCCACCCCCGAUUUCCUGACCAUGAUGUUCUAGCACCCUAUCUAACCCUUCCUCCAGUGGGACGCCAGCACCCAGGUUCUUCCCUGGGCCCCAGAGCUGCUUCUCAUCUUGGGGGAGAUUCCGGUUCCUCCUGCGGAAGCCGCAGAGUCUAGCCCUCCCCGCAGACCUUCCUGUUUAUGGUGCUGCGUCUGUGUACCCGGGAGCCUGCCUCACGUGAUCUGAGGCCCCUUCCUGCCUUGCCUUGAUCACCAUGGUGGUGCCCUUGCCCCGGAUGAGGAAACUGAGGCCAGAGAGGGGAAGUGCUUGUCAGCGUCACCCCAAAGGCCUAGGGGCGCAGAGCCCAGGGGAACCCAGCCCCCUCCUCCCGGCUGGGACCCUUAUUUCUCUGCUGAGACCCAGGAUCCCGGAGCUGCCUCAUCACUCGGCUUACAGGAGAGGGUCCUUGGGCCCCCAGCCUGGGUGGCCCUGGCAGGACCAUGUCAGCAAAGGAGAGGAAGCAGCCACCCACUCUGUGUCUCGAGCUCAAUCCCACAUGCCAGCUAGGCAGGCAGUGGGAGGAGCUGUCAGCGGCUCAGUACCCCAGGGGCUGCCCAUCAGAUGCCUCGCUCCCUUUCACCCCAUCGACAGCCACGAGAGGGAGGGAUUGAGACGUUUGUCUUCACCGACAGCCCAGAUGAAGGCCUCCAGGAGAGACUGGGGUCCCACCUCGUGGUCACCAACUGCUCUGCUGAGCACAGUCACCCCGCCCUGUCCUGCAAGAUGGCUGCUGAGUUUGACACCUUCUUGGCCAGCAGGCUGCGGUGGUUCUGCCACGUGGAUGACGACAACUACGUGAACCCAAGGGCACUGCUGAAGCUGCUGAAAGCCUUCCCACAGACUCGCGACGUCUACGUAGGCCGGCCCAGCCUGAACCGGCCUAUCCGAGCUUCUGAGCCCAGGCCCCACAACCGCACGAGGCUGGUACAGUUCUGGUUUGCCACUGGGGGUGCUGGCUUCUGCAUCAACCGCGAACUGGCUUUGAAGAUGGCCCCGUGGGCAAGUGGCUCCCGCUUCGUGGAAACAUCCGCCCUCAUCCGGUUGCCCGACGACUGCACCGUGGGCUACAUUGUCGAGUGCAAGCUAGGCGGCCGCCUGCAGCCCAGCCCCCUCUUCCACUCCCACUUGGAGACCCUACAGCUGCUGGGGGCUUCCCAGCUCCCAGAGCAGGUCACCCUCAGCUAUGGCGUCUUCGAGGGGAAGCUCAAUGUCAUUAAGCUACAAGGCCCCUUCUCCCCCGAGGAGGACCCUUCCAGGUUCCGUUCUCUCCAUUGUCUCCUCUAUCCAGAUACUCCUUGGUGCCCACAACUGAUGGCCAGAUGAACCCUGAACAGUGGGGCAAAAUUUGGGCUGAGGCUUCUGGUUGUCCUUGGUCUCCCCAGGCAGCCCUGGGGACUUGUGGCAAGUGCCUUUUGCGUGGGAGUCCCUGGCUGGGCCUCUGAGUGGUGGGUCAACCCAGGAUUGUAUGGUGGCUGGCAGUGAAGGCGUAGCGUCCUAGGCCUCUGGGAGGUGGGUUGGACAGCCCAGAGAACAGGUGCACCAGGGGAGUGCCUGAGAGGCCCCAGGGGCUGGGCUUCUAUGGGCCCUGGGUGGCUGAACUGAAAAAGCACAGAGAACCCCUGAACUGGGUUGGGGUUCAGGGUUCCUAACCUCCAGAGGAUCACAUGGGCCCUGGGGUGGGGUCUGGCCUCCACCCCCAGUUCUGGUCUCUGUCAUUCCCCUGGGGUCAAGCACUGGACCAUCCAUUCCGAGCUCCUUCGGCUGGAUCUCCAACCCCUGAGGGGGCCCAACUGGAAUAAGGACAGAGCCCGGGGCCUGGGGCAGGGACUGUCAUUGCUGACCAGUGGCCAGCUCCUUGCUCCGACCCCUGGCAAACAGAUCCCAUUUUGUUUGGGGUAUCAUCGUGCUCCGACCCAGAUGGCGGAUGGUGAUGGUUCCCAGCCCAUCGUGACGGUCCUUUUGCUCACUUUCCCAGCCUCCCUUGCUCAGUGUGUCAGUGUGAAGUAAGAAAGGCCAAUGGAGAGGGUCCUGGGGAAGAUUCUGUGGCCUGUACCCAUCUUCAUGCUGUGAACGUGGGCGUGAUGUCUGGAUCUGGGGCAGUUGCCUUGUUAUUGUGAAGGAAAGGCCUUGACUGUCAUGCAUACUUGUCCCUUUUGGCAUCUGGUUCUGUGAGAAGAUUAAACACUUGUUUCAACCUC